GACGUUUAGCGACUGUAGCGCCUGCGCGCGGCCCGGCGGCUGGGCUGGGGCGGCGGCGGCUCGUGCCGGGCGAUGCUAGGCGGCUCCCAAGGCGCCAGGCUGUUGCGGAGUGUGGGUGGGCGGCGCGGGCAGUUCGGGGCGCGAGGUGUCCGCGAAGGUGGCGCAGCCAUGGCGGCGGGGGAGAGCAUGGCUCAGCGGAUGGUCUGGGUGGACCUGGAGAUGACAGGAUUGGACAUUGAGAAGGACCAGAUUAUUGAGAUGGCCUGUCUGAUUACUGACUCUGAUCUUAACAUUUUGGCUGAAGGUCCCAACCUGAUUAUAAAACAGCCAGAUGAAUUGCUGGACAGCAUGUCCGAUUGGUGUAAGGAGCAUCAUGGGAAGUCUGGUCUUACCAAGGCAGUGAAGGAGAGUACAAUCACAUUGCAGCAGGCAGAGUAUGAAUUUCUGUCCUUUGUACGGCAGCAGACUCCUCCGGGGCUCUGUCCGCUUGCAGGAAAUUCAGUUCAUGCAGAUAAGAAGUUUCUUGACAAAUACAUGCCCCAGUUCAUGAAACAUCUUCAUUAUAGAAUAAUUGAUGUGAGCACUGUUAAAGAACUGUGCAGACGCUGGUAUCCAGAAGAAUAUGAAUUUGCACCAAAGAAGGCUGCUUCUCACAGGGCCCUUGAUGACAUUAGUGAAAGCAUCAAAGAGCUUCAAUUUUACCGAAAUAACAUCUUCAAGAAAAAAACAGAUGAGAAGAAGAGGAAAAUUAUAGAAAAUGGGGAGAAUGAGAAGACAGUGAGUUGACGCUGGUUCUUGGCCGCUACAGCAAAGUUCUCUGGAAGCGCCUCUAGUGGUUUCUUUCCUUUUUUUUUUUCUUCUUUUUUCUCUAUGCUGAUAUGCCGGCACAGCACCUUCUUUUAGUUAACUUGCAUCUCCAGAUUACUCUUCUCUUCAUGCCCCAUUAUGAUACAGCAGCUCCUGUGUGAGCACCAGGCUUUGCCCAUCCCUUGGUACACACCUUCGUUUGCUUUAGAUCAUUUCUUUUGUUUAAAAAUAAAUAAUAAA